AUGAUUUCGUUAAGCUGGAAUUGCCGUGGGCUUGGGAACCCACGGGCCGUUCAAUUCCUUAAGGACUUGGUUGUUCAAAAGAGGCCCGACAUAAUUUUUCUUUGUGAGACAUUAUGUAAAAAAGAUGUAGUGGAAAGAGUGAGAGUUACAUUGGAUUUUGAGGGUUGCUUUGUGGUAGAAGCCCAAGGUCAUAGUGGUGGACUAGCUUUACUUUGGAAAAAUCAAAGGUUGGCCGAAUUAAGGGGGUUCUCUAGAAACCAUAUUGAUGUCAUUAUACAUGAAGAUGAGUCGCGACUUUGGAGGUUGACCGGCAUAUAUGGUGAACCGAACCGUGCUUUAAGAAGGAAUACUUGGGAUCUGUUUCGUUCUCUGAAUUUGGAAGUACAACUACCUUGGUGUUUGAUUGGAGAUAUGAACAAUCUAGGGGGUCAAGAUGAGAAGAGGGGAGGCCGAAGCUACCCCAAUUGGCUAGUGGACGGGUUUCGUAAUGCUCUUGACCAAUGCGGGUUGGUUGAUUUACACUUGGAAGGUUAUCCAUUUACAUGGGAAAAAGGCAAAGGUUCAAGUAAUUGGGUCGAGGAAAGGUUAGAUAAAGCUCUAGUGUCUCAUUCUUGGCUUCAAUUAUUCCCUUUGGCUAAGUUAUAUAAUGUGGAGAUUUCAACCUCAGAUCAUUGUCCAAUCCUUUUAAUGCCUGAAGCUUACUCUUUUGGGACGCAUAAUCGAACAUUUCGUUUUGAGAAUGCUUGGUUGCGUGAGCCUAUGUGUAAGGAGGUGGUGAGGAGUAGUUGGGAGGGGUUGAGUGGCCGUGAUUUAGUGGAAAAAAUUGAAGGAUGUGGGGUGGCGUUGGAAGCUUGGGGGAAGGAUUUCACAGGGAACUUUAAAGAUCGGAUCAACCAAUGUAAAAUGGUAAUCCGAAACUUGAAGAAGAAAAGGGAUGAGGUUUCGCUCGAGGAAGAGGCAAAAUCACAUACAACGUUUGCAAAGGGAAGACGGAGUGUGGGUGGAUUGGGAGGCCGGUCUUGGUGGGUUGAUGGUAGACUAUUUUAA